AUGAUUUCCUACAUCAGAGGUCCAGUUUAUCGGGUUUCCAAAAUCCCCUUUAACUUCACUGCCGCCAAGUCUUACGGCAAGGACUUGAUCUUUUGGGGUGGUGCCGCCGGUGCUGCUGUUGCUACUUUUACAGACAACUGGCCAUUGUUCCAACAGACUUUUUACUCUAAGAUCCCAUAUUUUGGUGAGCACUGGAUUCACAACCCUGAUCCAGAGGAUGUUCCUGUUUAA